AUGGGGCCGGCUAGCGUAAUUAUCCUCUGCAUCUUCCUCGCAGUGGUGGCUGCCGCCAUCUUCUAUGUCCUGAUCUCGCGCGCCCAAGCAACACGUCUCGGGCUUCCACCACCACCCCUCACCUCGUACAUCCCUUUCUGGCCCGAGCCCUCAAACUCCCUUCCCUAUGCCAACAACACCUCUUCUUCUUCCGGCGGUAUUAAGGGCUGGUUCGGAAAGUUCAAGAAGAACAACAAUCGCACUGCAGCUGGUGCCUACGAGCCUUCCGGUGCUAACGCUAACGCCGCGCGGAGCCGCGGCUUCGGACCCCUCGAUCCGGAUGAGGCAUGGGAUGCGCGCGUUGGACAAGAGGCAGAUGGCUAUGGACCCGCAUACUAUGAGGAGACAGAAAUGCAGCCCUCUCGGCACAACAACCUCGGCGAUGAUACGAGCUACGGAGGAAGCAGCUACCAGUUGAACCUGGCGAUCACCCCCGGCAAUAAUCAGCCUGGCACUGGCACUGGCACUAGCAACCCGUUCGCAGAUCCCGAGGAAGAGAGAGGUAGAAGGAGAAGCCGUUCUCCUGGCCCGGCUGCGAACAAGGGCUUGAGUGCGUCCGCUCCCCAAAACCCAUUCGACGAUGCUGCCGCGGAUCACACCAACGUUAGCAUGAGAGGCGUCAGCCCCCGUCCGAUCGAGGGCACGGGAGCCUCAAAGCCGAGUGGUCACAACAAUGGCGAGCCUGAGACCCCAGUGGAGAGGAGGUCUAUCUUCAGAGAGGAUGUAUGAAGAGAUGACCGAACGAAUGAUUAACACUGUGGGCAGCACAACGAAAGGGAUAAGAAAAACAAUUCUCGGCUUUUUGAUCACCACGAAAAGCACGAGGUAUGGUCUACUGGGGGGGUUAUAGGCGCGGCUACAUGAUUCUCGCAUGGACGUGUCUUUACGAGGAAGAGGUGUCCGUGUAACUAUUAACGGAAAUCACUUAUGUUUUUACGUAAAGAUGCGGCAUGGGCAGCAUUUGGAUUUGGGUGGUUCGUCAUUUCUGGGAAAGGCGGCUAGUUGGGAGUUGGGGCACGGCUCUUUUUCUAUCAGUGUUCGAUUACUGCCGCAAGAGUUACUUGAAAAUGAGAAAGGCCAUACGAGAAGCAACCCACCAAUCGUCAGUAUCAUUCAAUGGAA